UUUUCUGUCUUCUUUUUGUGAUAACUAAUUCCUAUAUGCUUCUUCAUCUCGUUCUAGAAGCACAGCAGGUUUGCCGGGAUACUGAAAUUAGCAUUUGUACCAUAAAAGAGCUCCUGGAUAACUAGGUGAUUUGUAGAUACAGAAGCUCAAAUACAGCGCUGUUGCUUAAUUAAGAUUUAUCACUUUCCUUUGCGACUUUUUGGAAGUUCCUUUCGUGUGGCCUGUGAUACUACUUAGUUUGUCAUUCUUUUCUAGAUUAUGUUACUUUGUAUUUUCUGGCUUUUUUCCUGUUCUUUGAUUUCGCUGCUCCUUUUGGAAACCUUUUUCAUGGCUGGUAAUUUGUUCUAGCAACAGUGAUGUUGAACCUUUGCGGUCACUCCCAUUGACUGACUUCUCUUUCGUGACACAAUGGCACUGUUGAACGGAGCUUGUGUGUCCUCGGGGGAAAAAGGAGUUUCAUCAGUCAGCUCCCAGAUAUUGACUAGCUUGUGUUACUUGGGCAAUGCAGUUGGGCAGGUGACUUGGCUUUCUGUUAACAGACAGUCUCAUUCACCACAACCACAUAUAUACGUGGCCGUCUGUCUCAUUCACCACCAUACUGGCCAGCUUCCAUUGUUGGCUGGGUCCUGUGCUUUCUUCACAGGAUGACCAAGUCUUCAGUCUCUGUAGACAUAUGCCCGUCCAGACAAGUUUGUAUAAUAGACUGCCAACCUACUGCUGACCCAUUCUACUAUUGCCAAUCUAUACUGCUGACUAAUGACCUCCAUUUUCUUGCCAACGCAGCUGACAUCUCAAGAGCAGUAAAUCUUUUCUAUAAUAGACAUGCUGGCUGUUCGACUGGAGGGGCAAACACAGAGUCUAUCCAGCCACACCCUUGAGCGAUGGCACCACAAUACAAGCUCUCAUGUUUGACAGCUUUGCAUAUGCUGCUAUGCAUAGCCAGUGCAAUCAGCCCGGAAGGAGAAGCACUCCUCCGGUGGAAGUCCACUUUGCUCAAUUCCACCUACCUGUCAUCAUGGUCGCAUGCCGAAUCGACCUGCAAUUGGUUCGGCGUCACCUGUGGCCAUGCCGGCCAUGUUACCGCACUCGACCUAUCCUGGUUAAGCCUCAAUGGCACGCUCGACGCCUUGUACUUCCCGGCGUUCCGGAACAUCACCACACUCGACCUCUGUGGCAACAACCUCGUCGGUACCAUCCCAGAAAACAUAUCGCUGCUGCUCACCUUGACCUACCUGGAUUUGAGCAACAACUAUUUUGUUGGUGUGACCCCCCAUCAACUCGGCAAGCUCCCAUGGAUUCAUUACAUCGAUCUGGGAAAUAACUACUUAACCAACCCAGACCCUGCCAAGUUCUUGCCUUUGUCCACCGUGCAGACCUUACAUCUAAAUGAUAACAAUCUCAACGGCACUUUUCCACAGUUCAUCCUGAACCGCACCAAUGUUAGGUUGGAGGACCUCGACCUAUCAGGUAACUUCUUCUCGGGUUCAAUACCUGAGACUCUGCCAGAUAUGGUUCCAAAUUUACUAUUUCUUGAUAUGUCCUCCAACAUGUUCUCCGGACUCAUACCGAGUGAAUUCGGUAACCUUACUAGUCUUGAGUCCUUGCACCUAUCGUGGAACAUGCUAUCUGGAGGUUUGCCACCAUCCUUUUCAAUGAUGGGCCAAAUUCUAAACUUUGAUGUUGGGAACAACCACCUUCUCAGUGGCAACAUCCCACUAGAAUUGUUUUCAAACUGGACUGAACUUGGCUUUUUCAGUAUUGCAAACAACUCCUUCACCGGAAGCAUUCCACGGGAGAUCAGCAGAUGGGAGUCCCUGCAGUACCUCCUCCUUUCUGGCAACUGCUUCAACAGCUCAAUCCCCGCGGAGCUAGGAUCUUCCCUGCGGGUGCUAGACUUGUCCAAUAACCAUCUUACAGGCAUGAUACCAUCGGGGUUUGGUAAAUUAUCAUUCUUAUUACAAUUCCUUGACCUUAGCAGCAACCACUUGGAGGGAGAGAUUCCAGCGAGCUUGUCGCUCCUAUCUGUCAACUACAUAUUCUUGUUCGGUAACAGGUUGACAGGUGUCAUCAACAAGGAUUUCUGUAAGCAACGUCAUCUACAGUUCUUGGACCUAUCAAACAAUCUCCUGUCUGGAAUGCUCCCUGGUUGCUUAUGGAACCUGCCUAAUCUUACAUACAUGGAUUUGUCAAGCAAUGCCUUUGUUGGAGAAGUCACAACCUUGACGAAUGAUGCUUCUCCAUUAGAAUCAGUACAUUUGUCCAACAACAGCUUCUCUGGAUAUUUUCCAUCUCUUAUAAAGAACUUGGAAAGCUUAGUAAUUUUGGAUCUUGGAGACAAUAUGUUUUCUGGCACAAUUCCUUCAUGGAUAGGAGCUAGCCUCUCUAUGCUAAGAAUUCUCCGACUACGGUCAAAUAUGUUUCAUGGAAGUAUUCCUUGGGAGGUAUCACAACUCUCUCAUCUCCAGUUGCUUGACCUAGCUGAAAACAAUCUUACAGGUUCUAUUCCAGUAAGUUUCGCAAACUUUACUUGCAUGAUAGAGACAACGCCAGAAAUGGAUGUAAGUGCUAUCCUUGCAAGCUUUGAAACAUUCGGGGAUAUGCCUUAUAUGUACACUGGUACGCAUUAUUCAUAUGAUGGUCAGAUGGACAUAAUCUGGAAGGGACGCGAUUAUACUUUCCAUAAGACAAUUACGCUUAUGACUGGUAUUGAUCUGUCAAGCAACUUCCUUUCAGGUGAGAUUCCUGCUCAGUUAGUAAAUCAUCAAGCCCUGCGGUUCCUGAACCUAUCAAGAAAUAAUUUAUCCGGUGGUAUCCCAAAAAACAUUGGGAGUUUGAAAAAUGUGGAGUCUCUUGACCUCUCCUGGAAUAAACUCUCGGGCCGUAUUCCUCCAAGCAUAUCAGAUUUGUUGUGCCUAAGCUUGCUCAAUAUGUCCAACAAUCUACUAUCAGGAGAGAUACCUACAGGCAAUCAGCUCCAAACACUCAAUGACCCGUCAAUAUACAGCAACAACCUGGGACUUUGUGGUCUCCCCCUGAGCACUCCAUGCAAGCAUGAUUCAAGUUCUGCAACAGUGCUGGAUCAGCCAAAUGAACAUGACCAUGAACUUGAAACUUUGUGGCUGUACUACUCAGUGAUUGCUGGAACUGUCUUUGGUUUCUGGAUAUGGUUUGGAACAUUGUUUUUCUGGAACAUCUGGAGGAUUACGUUCUUCAAUUGCAUCGAUGCCAUGCAGCAGACUGUUAUGCAAAAGAUGGUGUCUACCUGGCAGUAUGACACUCUGUUUCCCGCUUUUAGGCGUUCAUGAAGGAUUUAUCACGACCUCGGUUGUGACUCCAUAGACAAAAAUAGAAUUUCUUUUCCGACUUUUACUUUAUAUGCAGCGGAUAUAGAUGUAUUGUUCAUGGCUGUUCUAUUUGUUCUCUGUCACCAACAAACAGUUCUCUGUUCUGGUGUGAACAAAAUUGACCUUUUAUAGUUUUGUAACAAUAUGGGAGAGACCAAUUUGGUACAUAUUUGUAUUAGGUUCUGAUUCUCUCAAUUAUGUGAGUUGUAGUUAUGUACGAUAGUGUCAAAAAUGUCUUAUAUUUUGAUAUAGAGGGAGUACGUUUCAUGGUUGCGGUCUGUAGUUUUUUUGAGCUUUGCUUCGGUUGUUUGUAUAGUUGGUUUGAUUCUGUGAAUUGUGUGAGUUGAACUGUAUGAAUUAUUUGUGUAACUGGAUAACAGUGGGUGUGUGUGUGUCUUGCAUAUAAAUAGUGCAUUUUUCAUC